AUGCUGCCUCUUGCCUUCCUUAUAUUCCCAGGACCCCUGCGGCACUUCCUUCACGCCCAUAAUCACAAGUCGUCCCGCCCACGUCCAGGUCUCCAUUCACGUCAGUCAUCCUACGCCCAUGUGUCCCCACCGCCCCUGUCGCCUCUGUUGCCACAGAAAUGUCCGCCCCCACGUCCUGCUCCCACGUCCCGGCCUCGCCCCUUCUCCUUUUACCCUCCAGACUGUCCCCAGACGAGCCCUGCGUCAGGGGAACGAAGCCUCGGCCUCCUUCUGUCGGAUCUAAGGAGGUUUAGGGCUGAUGUGUCCCUCGCCUUCACAUUACGCAACCUGACUCACUUGCUUCAUGCACGAGUAUCCUCCUCACUGGCCUUACCUUACAAGCCCUGCCUCACGUGCCUGCCUCACCUGCCUGCCUCACCUGCCUGCCUCACGUGGGCUGCCUCAUCCUUUGGGCCUCGGCAGCCGUCCUCACCUCGUCCCCUUAAGCCUGUUGCCACGCGAGACUCCCCGGACGGACGUAAUGAUGACUGCAUGACUAUUACCUCCCUGCGACCUCUGACUGACCCUCCUUCCUCGCCCGCCCACCCUCACUCCUCCCAUCCCCUCCCUCCCGUCCUUCAGCAGCCCAGCCUCCCACCAACCCCUCAACUUCCUCGUUAG